CCUCCCCCACCCCUACCCCCACUCUGGUUCGAGAACCCAUUCUUUCUUCUUUUAAAAUCCUUAUAUUUCCACUGUGUUUUUCUUAUUAUAGCAAAUUGCAGUGCAACAUAAAGUAAAGUAGAAAAAAAUGUUGCCGCUAAAAUUCGCCAUAGCGAUGUUUUUAGUGGUAUUAAUUGGGAAUUCUGUUGUAGCAGAAGAUCCUUAUAGAUACUUCGAUUGGAAUGUUACUUAUGGAACUAUUUAUCCUCUCGGAGUUCCUCAACAGGGAAUUCUGAUUAAUGGCCAGUUUCCCGGUCCUGAUAUCAACUCGGUCACCAAUGACAAUCUCGUUAUCAAUAUCCACAACAGCUUGGAUGAACCUUUUCUACUUUCCUGGAACGGAGUACAGAACAGGAGAAACUCAUUUGUAGAUGGAGUAUAUGGAACAACAUGCCCAAUACCCCCAGGGAGAAAUAACACAUUCAAUCUACAAGUGAAGGAUCAAAUUGGGAGUUUCUAUUACUUCCCAUCUCUUGCAUUCCACAAAGCUGCUGGUGGUUUUGGAGGGAUUAGGAUUCUCAGCAGACCUAGAAUCCCCGUCCCUUUCCCGGACCCUGCAAACGAUUACACGAUUCUCAUUGGAGAUUGGUACAAAAAGAAUCACACGGACUUGAAAACAAUUCUUGAUGGAGGCAGGAAGUUACCUUUUCCUGAUGGCAUUCUCAUCAACGGUCGUGGUCCUAAUGGUGUUACAUUCACAGUCGAUCAAGGGAAAACUUAUAGAUUGAGGAUAUCAAACGUUGGAUUGCAAAAUUCAUUGAAUUUCCGCGUUGAAGGACACAAAAUGACAUUAGUUGAAGUAGAGGGAACACACACAUUGCAAACAACUUAUUCCUCACUUGAUGUUCAUGUUGGGCAAUCCUACUCUGUCCUCAUUACAGCUAAUCAAGAAGCAAAAGACCACUACAUUGUUGUUUCAUCUCGUUUUACGACUCCUGUCCUCACCACCACUGCUGUACUUCACUAUAGCAGCUCUAACACCCCAGUCUCCGGUCCUCCUCCUGGUGGACCUACCAUCCAAAUCGAUUGGUCCCUUAAUCAGGCCCGCUCCAUCAGGACAAACUUGUCAGCAAGUGGACCAAGGCCAAACCCACAAGGUUCAUACCAUUAUGGUAUGAUCAACACAACUAAAACCAUCAGACUUGCUAGCUCUGCUGGUCAAGUGAAUGGAAAACAGAGAUAUGCUGUCAACAGCGUGUCGUUUGUGCCACUUGAUACUCCUCUAAAGCUACUCGACUACUUCAAGAUUGGUGGAUUCAGAGUUGGAAGCAUACCUGAUUCCCCAACUGGUGGAGGAAUAUACCAAGACACGUCUGUUCUAGGUGUUGAUUACAGGAAAUUCAUUGAGAUUAUAUUCGAGAACAAUGAGGACAUCGUCCAGAGCUGGCAUCUUGAUGGCUACUCUUUUUGGGUUGUAGGGAUGGAUGGAGGCCAGUGGACUCAAGCUAGUAGGAACGGAUACAACCUUCGUGAUGCGGUUUCACGUUGCACAACUCAGGUGUAUCCCAAGUCAUGGACCGCAAUAUACAUUGCAUUGGACAAUGUAGGAAUGUGGAACCUAAGGACUGAAUUCUGGGCACGACAGUACCUCGGACAACAACUAUACGUGAGAGUUUACACAGACUCAACCUCAUUGAGAGAUGAAUAUCCAAUUCCAAGAGGUGCUCGUCUUUGUGGCAAGGUGGCUAAUCGGCACACACGACCACUUUAAGCAAAUUCUGCAAUUCUAGUAGAGGAUAAUUUAAUUUUAUACAAUCCUUUGUAUUAUUUGAGUUUAGAAGUAAUGCCUUAUUACUACUAUUACUACUAGCUGCUAAAAUGACCUUAGCUCAAGGUCGCAUUCUUUCUUCAAUUCCACGAAAACAUUAUAUUUGGUUCUUUCCUCAUUGUUGUAGUUACCUUAAAUUAUGAUAAAUGAAGUGCAUUUUUAAUUA